GCGAGCGCUGACCAGGAGCAGCCAAUCUCGACAUUGACCUUGCCCGUGACAAUCAUGUCCAUGUCCGGUCUGAGCGCGUUCCUGACGGCGACGGGGGCACUGCCUCCUGCCGGCCUCGCCAACAACCUCAUUUCCGAGCGCAAGACAAUCCUGUCGGCGUUCUCCACGCUUGAUUUGGAGCUGCAAAAAGGUCCGAACGGCGAAGUGGUCGUGAACAACAAAUCGGCUGCACGCGAUCUUCUGGACGCGCGCAAGCACGAAAAGCAACAAGAGUCGUUGUACGAACAAAAAGCAGAGCUCCAUGCGAAGCAAGUGCAGGAGACCAGGAAGCCUGCCCCCGUCGUGACCGCGUUGACCCAGGCACUCGACUCGUUUGCCGCCGACACGGACGACCGCUUUCUCCCGAAAGCGUCGACGCUGCCGUCGUCGAAGAAAGGCCGCAACGUGUCUCGACGAGCACGUCAGCGCCAUGAGAGCAACAAAGAAAAGAUGGAGAACUACUCGAGCAAGAUCAAGACGAAAUCAACCAUGCAAGUCAAGCGCGCCGAACGAAAGGAAAAGUACAAGCAUAUCUACUAGAGUUUUUGCCCUAUUUUAUAUACCUGUCUCCGUCUCGAUGUCAA